AACCUCGCCAUGCGUGAUCAAGCGCAUGCAGCUGCUCUAGAGGCAUCAGCAGCCAAGCUCGACUCAUCGAUAGCUCGGGCGGUAGAGGAAGCACGCCAGACCGAAGCAGCCAAGUGGAAAACGAUGUUUGAGGAGCUGCAAUCAAAGGAGGAUGAGAGGCAGGUCCAGGUAAGCGGUGGAAGACAAAAAGGUAUUCUCAUCCAAAGUGGACUGCAGUUUCUUCCUCGUCCUGGUCUUAUCAACAACCCUAGCGGGACUCGAACGACAAUGAUGCAGCGUAUGAUCUGGACACGUUAA